CGCAACCAAAAUUUCGACUUUUUUUUCUCCCGAUCAGUUUCAAUAUUAAAAUUCUGUGCGAGUUUUGAAACAAUAAAAGUAUUCUUCUGCUUCCAAUUUUUAUACUUUUGAACCUCUUAUUCCCUUUUGCUUUUUAAUACAUUUUCAAUUGGACUCUAACUGCUGAUUUCUACCAGCAAAACCUUUUAUAUCACUUAUAGCCACUUUUGUUUAUAGACUUUCUCUUCGACACAAGCAUCUUAUAAUAGCGCACCUUGCCGCAUUCGUAGAGAGCAUCAGUUACAGUUACCUUAAAAUGGAUGUUGACAGUACCCCGCACUCUCUCCAGGAUGUAAACAGGGCCAAGCGUCAGCGCACAGGCUCGGUGACUUCAGUUUGCGACGGUCUCGGUAAGGCCAUUUUGCAAAAUAGCGUGCCAAUGUGGCAAACUGUGUCAGAAGGUGCAUUCGGCGGCAUUGUGUCUAUCCGGUUCAACCAGCCUGUCAACUUUGACACCAAUCCUCCAAUGUGCUCCGAGGCAACCGGCUUUAUUGUGGAUGCCAAGCGCGGAAUCAUUCUGACAAACAGACACGUCGUCGGCUCCGGGCCCUUUGUUGGCGAGGCCAUUAUGCACGAUCACGAAGAGGUCAGCGUCAAAGCCAUAUACCGCGAUCCCAUCCACGACUUUGGCUUCUUGCAAUUUGAUCCGUCCAAGGUCAAGUAUAUGAAGCUUGUCGAGAUCCGGCUUGCCCCUGAGAACGCGCGCGUAGGAAUCGAUGUGCGAGUGAUCGGUAACGAUGCCGGUGAGAAGUUAUCUAUUUUGGCGGGCUCUAUAUCACGCGUUGACCGCAAUGUACCCGAGUACGGCACCAUGACCUACAAUGAUUUGAACACAUUCUACCUGCAGGCUGCAUCUAGCUUGAGCGGAGGCAGUUCAGGCAGUCCCGUUAUUGAUAUCAACGGUGAUGCCAUUGCACUGCAGGCGGGCGGCCGGUCUGAGGAGGCAACUAACUAUUUCCUUCCCCUCGACCGCGUGAAGCGUGCGCUGGAGAUGAUCCAGGCCGGUAAGCCGGUGCUCCGCGGGUCGAUGCAGACGCUAUUUACGUACGUGCCAUUUGACGAGGUCAGGCGCAUGGGCCUCCCAGAAGAGACCGAGGUUAUGGUACGCAAGAUUCGACCCGAGGGCAUCGGCAUGCUGGUGGUCAGAACCUUGCUCCCUGAAGGACCCGGCGAGGUUGCGGGAAUUGAAGAGGGCGAUGUGCUUAUCAGCAUCAACGGCGAAGUUGUCACGCACUUUGUGCCGCUCGAAGAGUAUAUGGACGACAAUAUCGGCGGCACGCUUGUACUGCAGGUCGCACGCGACAAGAAAAUUAUCAAUAUUAGCGUCAAAGUCGACGACAUGCAUGCCCUCACGCCAUCGCAGUUUGUGACGUUUGGUGGUGGCGUUGUGCACGACUUCUCCUACCAGCUGGCAUACACAUACAACUUGCCUGUGCGUGGCGUCUUUGUGGCGUCUGCGGUGGAUUUGCUACAGAACAACCCCUGCGCUGAGGGCGUCAUCAUUGACAGCAUCGACAGUAAGCCCAUCCGCAAUAUCGAGGACUUUGUCAGCGUCAUGAAGACAAUACCCGAUCGCGCCAGUAUCUCGCUCGAGCACUACAGCAUCGAGGAUGUCCACACCAGGCAGGCGACGUCCAUGUACGUAGUGCACCAGUGGCACAAGAUGAGCACCUACUCGCGCAAUGAUAACACUGGGCUGUGGGACUGCGAGCGCAUUAAGGAUUUCCCCAAGGCGCGCGAGAUCAGCCCAAUAGACAUCAGGUUCCCCACCAUGGAUAAUGAGAACGCCGGCAAGGCAGCGCAGGUCUCCAACUCGAUUGUCAUGGUGCGCAGCAUGUUCCCAGUAAACAUAGACGGGGUCGACACAUAUUCAUGGACCAGCUAUGGCGUUGUGGUUGAUGCGGAGCACGGCCUGGUGGUGGUCAGCCAGCGGACAGUCAUGACCAGCAUAUGUGAGCUGACAAUCACUAUCGCUGGGUCAUGCAUCAUCCCAGCAAAGUUGCGCUUCCUGCACCCGACGCUCAAUUUUGCCAUCGUCCAGUAUGACCCCAGGCAUAUCGGCGACACUGAUAUCCGCGCGGCUUCGAUCUCAAAGAAGCCCCUGCGGCCUGGUGACGCCACGCGUAUGAUUACGCACAGCAGAUACAGCAACCCGCUGUGCAUCAACACGGUGGUCACCGAGACUGUACCGCUCGACGUGCCCCUUUCGGAGUCACCAAAGUGGCGCAGCAUCAACGCCGAGUCGAUCCUGCUUGAGAGCCCGCAGGCGCAGCACCAUGCCUUUGGUGUGUUGGCCGAUGACGAGGGCAAAGCGCAGGCUCUUUGGCUGGCGUACAUGCAUGGAGACGGCAAGCGGCACAAGUACGCCGGUAUGCCUAUUCAAGCGAUUCUACCGGCGCUCGAGCCCCUGCAGCGCGGCGAGGAGCCCCGGCUGCGCAGCCUGAACAUCGAGGUCACCAUGCUCAGCAUUGCAAAGGCUGUCAGCUCGGGCCUCAAUAAGGAGCGCCUGUCAGAGUACCAGAAGACCAGCUCAAGCCGCAAUAUGAUGUUCCAAGUUGCUCGCGUCGAGACCCUGAGCAAGGCGUUCAAGGUGCUUAAGGAGCUUGACAUCAUCAUCAGCAUCAACGGGAAGCCAAUGAAGAGCAUUGACGAUCUGGACGUCCAGUACUCACACGAAAAGCUCGAAAUUGUUGUUCUGCGCCGGAAGAAGGAGCUGACACUGCAGGUUGAGACCUCGGAGUGCAACCGGGACACUGAAAAGGUUGUAUUUUGGGCGGGCGCCACAUUCCAGGCACCGCACAAGGCAGUGCUCCAGCAGUCACGUACGGCGCCGUCGGGCAUCUACUGCACGUCCAUCAGGAAGGGCUCGCCGGCCGAGAUGUACACCAUGAGUGCGACUUUCUGGGUCACUCACGUUAAUGGAGAGAAGACCCCUGAUCUGGGGUCGUUUGAACGUGCCGUGCGGGUGUGCCCCGAUAACACGUACGUGCGCAUCAGAGUGAUGUCGUUUGAUUCGGCGCCUCUGGUGCUGAGCAUCAAGAUGUGCUACCACUACUGGCCGACGUCGACUCUGACCCGCGAUUCCUCUUCUGAGGGUGGCUGGCGCAGCGAGGUAGUGUGUGGCUCGACAACCCCAUCUUUGAUUAACAGUGAUUACCUGGCUUCAUCCACAAUGGAUUGCGAAGAGUGUUAGAUAUGCACUUUUUUGGACUAAUUAUUAAUUUCAAACAUUUAUAACUAAUUUAAUUUGCCCCAAUAUUAUCCAGUUGCAAAAUGCAAUCACAAUUUCGG